AUGGCGAGUUAUACGAUUGAACAGCACGUUCAAAUGAUAAAACUAUAUUAUCAAAAUGAGUGUUCGUUAAAGCAAACGUUGCCUACAUUGCGCGCAUUUUACGGUAGACGUGGUGGCCCUUCACGGUCGACUUUUCAACGUUUGGUGGGCAAAUUGAAGACGACUGGUUCAGGAUUCAAUCAGCUAACACCCGUACGUUCGAGGAAUACAAGAUCGGUCGAUAACAUCGCGGCGGUCCGUGAAAGUGUACUGCAGAACCCGAGGCAGUCGAUUCCUCGUGCACAAGAACUUAGCCUUUCGCAGACUUCAACUUGGUGA